AUGCCAUCAUGUGAUCUGCCGACCAACUUUCGCAUCAACAGUCUCCUAGAUGUGUUGGCAAUCAAAGAGUGUAACACUACGGCAGUCAAAUGUGGAAAUUGCGACAAAAAGAGCUCCCAGAGUUUGUACUGCUUCCAGUGUUGUGCAUUCUGGUGUGACGACUGUAUUACUGGGCACAACAUAAUCCGAGCUAAUAAAGAACACCGCGUGUUGGCGAUUAAAGACUUCCAAGAUCAAGACAUCGAGGAAGUGUUGAAACGACCAGCAUUCUGUAGAAAGCCAGGACACGAAAAGAAAGAACUGGAAUUCUUAUGUAAGAUCUGUGAAGUUCCCAUAUGCAAUUCUUGCGCCUUGACAGAUCACGAAGGUCACGCCAAGAUGUUUUUGGAAGAAGCUGCAAAUGAACGUAAGUUACAAGUGAAAUCUGCGAUUGAAUCUCAGAAAGAAAAAGUGAAAAUGAAGAAGAAUGAAAUCACCAAACUUGAUGAAAACUGUGUUAAAAUUCAAGAACACGCCGCCAGUGUGAAAAGAAGAGUGGAGCAGUUCGUCGAGACAAUAUUUCGAGUGAUCGAUGCAAAGAAGCAGGUGAUUAUUAAUGAAGUUGAGAACCAGGCAAAAAAAUCCCUCCAACGUCUUAAAACUAAAAAGAGCGAGAUUGAAGAUGACGUGAGCAUGACCGAGGCAACAGUAGACAAAGCUGAAACACUUUUGAAACGAAACGCAAACGCCGAAAUCAUGCAGCCAAACCAGUUUCUAAACAAAAUAUUUCAGGAGGAAGUUGGCCAAGAAAACUCAGCCGAUCGUGACGGGGUAAACUUUCUUGAGUUUGAUUUCGUGAAAAAUCAAACGUUACUCGAGAAUAUUAGCACUGAAAAUGUUGGCUCCUUCAAACCCGUACUUUCCAAGACCAAACCGCAUCUGUCAAUUGUCUACGGAAAAGGAGUAAAUGAAGCGUUUGUCGGACUUGAAGCAGAGUUUGUUUUGACAACAAGAAAUGCUGAAGGAGAACAAUGUUAUGACGAACGUGACUGUGUAACAGUGGCAAUCAGCAAUCAUCAAAGCCAUGAUUGUGCAACGAAAGCACGAGUCCAAGAUAACAACGAUGGUAACUACAAAGUCAGCUAUCUUUCCAAAGAAACUGGACAAUUUGAUUUAACAGUAAAAGUGAAUGAAGAAUAUAUCCGUGGCAACCCCUUUGCUGUGGAGGUCAAACCCAGACAGUUCAAACCUGUUUUAUCGUUUGGACAAGAAGGCUCAGCUGUUGGAAUGCUAAGACAGCCCUGGGGAGUAGCAGUGAAUGAACGUAAUGAAAUUGCAGUGACUGAUCAUGGUAACAACAGGAUUCAGGUAUUUAGUAGUGAUGGAACUUUCUUAAGAUCGUUUGGUAGGAAGGGUGAUAAACAGGGAGAAUUUGGCUUUCCGAGCGGGAUAGCUUUUGAUAAGCAUAUUUUAGUGGCGGACAGUAGAAACCACCGAGUUCAAUUGUUCAGUGAGCAGGGUGAGCACCUGAACCAGUUUGGUGGCAAAGGAAAUGUUGAUCAACAGCUAAUGAAUCCACAUGGAGUGUCUGUUAACUGUGACGGAAAUAUUAUUGUUGCAGAUUCAGGUAACAAACUAGUUAAGAUCUUUUCUCAAGGCGGCCAGCUUUUACGGAAACUUGGCGGGGACGGCUCUUUUACCUUUCCCCAUCACUGUGUCCAAUAUGACAAAUAUCUUAUAGUGUCAGACAGUCAUGAACAUAGUAUCAAAGUGCACGAUAGGGAUGGAAAUUUCUUGUAUAAAUUUGGAAAGCAGGGCGAGGGGGACGGGGAGUUCAAUGCUCCUCGUUGCUUGUCCGUCAGCAAGGUAGGACACCUGAUGGUCUGUGAUACAUUGAAUCACAGAGUUCAGGUGUUUAAACUGAGUGGGAAUUUUGUAGGAAAAUUUGGAAGAAAAGGCAGCGGGACAGGAGAGUUUCAUUACCCAUUCUCUACAGCAUUUCUUAGUGAUGGUAGGAUAGUUGUGACUGAUUUCAAUAAUAAUCGCAUCCAGAUUUUUGAGUAGAAAUGAUAUAUACUCACCUAUGACAUAAUUCGAAUAAAUUACGUUAUGUUUCACAUUUCUCUCAUUAUUUUUAUAAUGCUAAGAAAAUGAUUUACAAAUCGAAAAUAUUUCUGACCAGGUUAAGCGACCAUAGUCAUGGGUAAACAAGUUUGGUCUUAAUUGGUUGUUAGACUUGGGUCUGGAUGGUAAGUUCAGGAAGUAAAAUGUUGUAUUUUGCGAUUAAACCACAUUCAGAACCUCUCCCUUGAAUAGAAAUACAGUUAUUCAAAUGUAACAAUAUGGUUGAUUAUAUUUGAUAGUCUGUGUUUCACAUGUAGAAUAAACUGAGUUAAAUGGUAUUGUUUGUUUACAAAACAUUUUGUAGUUAGUAGUUUACACUUUUAUAUUGCUGUAAGAAAACGACAGUGGCCUGUGUAACAGGAAGCGUUGUCACCGAGGUAGCUUAAAAGAUUAGCUUGUAAAUUGUAGUUUGUUCUGAAUUAACUUUUCCAAAAGAAGUUUACACUUUGUAUUGCUGUAAUUAAACACUGCAGUACUGUGCAUUGUGUUACAUUUGUCCGAUUACGUGACAACUUAGCUGCUAUUAUAGACACAUUUGUAACGUCUGAUAAGAGAAGUGUUUUUUUUAAUAAAUGUUUUUAUUCAACGUU